UUGUUUAAAGAUACAGUUACCCACUUUCAACUAUAAUAUCUCAACCAACACAACCUCUCUCUCUCUCUCUCUACUAUCACAAUUCACUUAUUAUCUUCUUUGCAAUUAAAUUCUCUUUUUGCCUUUUUCCUAACUUUCCUCGAUCAGUUCCUAAAUUGGAUAAGCAGGUACUGAUAUGGCUGAAGAAGAGUCCAAGAAGCUGGAAACUGAAACUCCCUCUCCUCCGGCUCCAGCUCCUGCUCCUGCUUCUGCUCCUGCUCCGGUAACCGAACCUGUUGAACCUCCAAAAGAUGUGGCUGAGGAGAAAUCCAUAAUUCCACCACCUUCGGAAGAGAAGACCGAGGAGUCCAAGGAGCUUGUUCCUGUUGAAAAGACUCCUGAACCUGCUGAGACUAAAAGUUCUGAGGGUUCUGUGAAUCGAGAUGCUGUGCUUGCAAGGGUUGAAACACAGAAGAGGCUGUCACUUAUUAGAGCAUGGGAAGAGAGUGAAAAGAGCAAAGCAGAGAACAAAGCUCACAAAAAACUAUCUGCCAUUGUGUCGUGGGAGAACAGCAAGAAAGCAUUAGUAGAGGCUGAGCUGAAGCAAAUUGAGGAAAAACUGGAGAAGCAGAAGGCAGAAUAUGCAGAGAAAAUGAAAAAUAAAAUAGCACUAAUUCACAAGGCAGCAGAAGAGAAAAGGGCAAUAAUUGAAGCUAAACGUGGAGAAGAUCUUUUGAAGGCAGAAGAGACAGCUGCGAAGUGCCGUGCUACGGGAACUGCUCCAAAGAAGCUCCUUGGAUGUUUUUAGUCUAAAAGCCUCAGGCUUGAAUAACAGUGUAUUAUUUGUGUAUUUAUGAUGCGUUUAUUUGUUAAUUUAGUUGUGUGUUUGUUCAUAGGAGAAGUUGGCAAAUAUGCAAUUGCCGUGUUCUCAUGUUCAUGUCUCUCUGUAUAUACCAUUUGAAAUAUUGUUUGGAAGCUUCACAUGUUACAUUUGUAAGAAGUGCGUAAAAACAGACUGUUAUUCUUGCAAGUUGUA